GCAUGUGUCGAGUUUGGCUUAAAUCUCCUCCACCAUUUCUUUCAUCCCGAACUCCUCCCCCCUCGUUUUUUCUAGGGUUACCGCUCAGAUCGAUUGCUACGGUUUCUGGAUCUUUUCUAUCACCAUCUUCAUGGCGGACGUCAUCGAUAUGCCCACCGAAACCCUUGAUCGUGGCCUUGAUAUCCAGCCGCAGCGGCAGGAGAGCCACGGCGGCGGAUCCCCCUCAUCGCCGGCCCGGCCUCCGAAGAGGCGGGACAGGGAUAUGACGGAGAAGAGGGACGAAUAUAGGGCCCGCUCGCCGUCGCUUCCCCCGCCCCCGCCGCUGGGGCAGCCGCGGGACGACAGGGAUCGGGAGUAUCGCAGGAGGGGUAGUCGUAGCCCGCCACCGUACCGUGACCGACGGCAUUCGCCUCCUCGCCGAUCCCCUCCCCCCGGAUCCUUUAAGCGAGCAAGGAGGGAUGAUGGUGGAUAUGAGCGGCGCCGAGGUAGCCCGAGAGGGGGUUAUGGACCGGAUGGCAGAAGGUAUGGUUAUGAUUAUGGUGGUGGGUACGAUCGAGGUGGCUCAGGAAGCAGAGGUGGGUAUGGGGAUGAGAGGCCUCACGGUCGCUAUAUGAAUCAUCCAUCAGGAUAUGAUGGUUAUGGUGAUGGUUCCGAGGUUAUUCAGAGGGGAGGUUUGAUGACAUACAAGCAGUUCAUUCAAGAACUCGAAGAUGAUAUUUCACCCACUGAAGCUGAGUACAGGUAUGAAGAAUACAGAUCGGAAUACAUUUCCACUCAGAAGCGUGCUUAUUUUGAAGCUCAUAAAGAAAAACAAUGGUUGAAAGACAAAUAUCAUCCAACUAACUUAGUGGCAGUCAUUGAAAGGAGGAAAGAACAGGCCAGGACUCUUGCAAAGGAAUUCUUGCUUGAUUUACAGAGUGGGACACUUGACCUUGGACCAGGAUUAACAUCUUCUUCAGCUAGCAAGUCUGGGAAUGGUAGUGAACCAAACUCUGAAGAUGAGGCGGGCCCUGGUGGCAAAAGGAGAAGGCAUGGUAGGGGGACAGAGAAAGAAAAUGAUCUGCUUUCUGCCACUCCCAAGGUUCACCCAGUUAGUUCUGAACCUCGACGAAUUCAAGUUGACAUUGAACAAGCACAAGCCUUGGUCCGUAAGCUUGACAUGGAGAAGGGUAUUGAGGACAAUGUCCUUUCCAGUAGUGGUCAUGGUAAGUUGGAAGUGGAGAAGUCUCAUGGAGGCUCCAUGGGGCCAAUUGUAAUUAUACGUGGCCUGAAUGCUAUCAAGGGCCUUGAAGGUGUCGAACUGUUAGAUACUUUGAUUACCUACCUGUGGCGUGUCCAUGGCUUGGAUUACUACGGCAUGUCUGAGUCAUCUGAAGCCAAGGGUCUUCGGCAUGUUAGAGCUGACAAUAAGACACAUGAUGGAACUGAUGCUAGUGGAUCUGAUUGGGAGAAGAAACUUGAUUCAUUCUGGCAAGCAAGACUGGAAGGUCAGGAUCCCUUGGAAACAUUGACAGCCAAAGAUAAGAUUGAUGCAGCAGCUACCGAGGCUCUAGAUCCUCUUGUGAGGAAAAUACGAGAUGAAAAAUAUGGUUGGAAGUACGGAUGUGGAGCAAAGGGUUGCACAAAGCUUUUCCACGCUCCUGAGUUUGUUCAUAAGCAUCUCAGGCUGAAACACCUAGACCUCGUAAUGGAGCUCACCUCAAAAGUUCGAGAAGAUCUGUAUUUUCAGAAUUAUAUGAAUGAUCCAAAUGCACCUGGUGGGACUCCUGUCAUGCAGCAAUCUGCAUCAAAGGUGAAAAUGCAGAAGAAACGACUGUUAGACGGCCGCCUUAGAGAUGAACGUGGCAACCGCAGAGAGCCCAACAGGAACGAUGGAGAUGAUGACCGGCAUGAUAGGACUGACAACUCACCUCGUGAUGCCAAUGAUGGAUCCGAAGUGGAGAAUCAUGACAAACCUCUGUAUGAUGCUUAUGGUGGACAAGGCUUGCAUGGUGCUUUUCCCUCAGAUAUUCCUCCUCCACCAGUGUUAAUGCCUGUUCCUGGUGCUGGCCCGUUGGGACCUUUUGUCCCUGCCCCACCAGAGGUUGCCAUGCGUAUGUUGAGGGACACUAGUGGACCAUCAUCGUUUGAAGCUACUGGUGGCCGUCGGGGUAUCAAAGGAAGGCUUGGUCCGCAAGUGAGUGGUUCAGCGCCAGUUCUUGCUAUGCCGCCAGCAUUUCGACAUGAUCCUCGUCGCAUAAGAAGUUAUCAAGAUCUUGAUGCUCCAGAAGAUGAAGUGACUGUUAUAGACUAUAGAAGUUUAUAGGCUGCUCAUAUCCUGCUCAUCCUUUGGAAUGAUAUUUGUUCUGUGACCAGACAGUUCACUCCUUUUGUUCAAUGAAGGAUGACUAAUUUCCUCGAAGGAGCAUGUCACAUUUUUGUAAUAUAGUCACACCUCCAUUGAAUUCAUCGGUAAUGUUCUCAUUUAUGGCCAGAAGGGAAGAUUCAAUAAAAACAUAUACUAUUUAUGCUAUGCCAUCA